AUGCCGACUGGCGCAGCGUCGUCCAGUUAUGGCCCCGAAACGAACGUGGUGGACAUCGUCAUUAUUGGUGCUGGCCUGAGCGGGCUAGUCGCCGCUGCCUACCUCAAAAAGGAGGGGAUAGACUCCUUUAUCGUCGUCGACGAGGGCGCUGUAGGAGGCACCUGGCGCGACCACCACUUUCCAAACGCUGGGACAGACACCGAGGUGCCAACCUACUACCCGUCUUUCCUGCCGACCCCCGAGACUUCCUCGCAGUUUGGUGAGCGCGACGAGAUCCUGUCGUACUUUGCGCCCGUUUUUGCCCAUUUUCGGCCAGGCCUGGCCAAAGAAACCAGCACCUCAACCGGCUUCCCUGAGCGUCACAGCUCGGUGUACGCACUGCUCCUGCUCCUCUCGAUCGCCGACGUCGGCGCUCUCCGCACGCCGCUCAGCGCCUCGCGCCGCGCGGUCCUCGCCGGCGCGCUCGCUCUGCCUGCCUCGUCGCGGAGAGCAGUCGCGGACGACUCGUCAGACAUCGAGGUGUAUUUCGGCUGCGGCUGCUUUUGGCACGUGCAGCACGAGUUUGUGAUGGCGGAGAAGAAGCUCUUGGGCCGCAGCGACCUGCAGAUCACAUCACGGGCUGGCUACGCUGGCGGCUCGGGCAUGCAAGACGGCAAGGUGUGCUACCACAACGCCGCACAGAUUUCGGACUACGGCUCGCUCGGCCACGCGGAGGUGGUGCGGCUCCGCAUCCCUCCCACCUCCUUCCGCGCCUUCGCCGAGGAGUACGUGAAACUCUUUGACAAGGACGGCAACCGGCCGGACCAGCUCGGCGACCGCGGCCUCGAGUACCGGAACGUCGUCGGCAUACCGGGCGGCGGCGGCUCACCGCUGGCGAAGGAGCUGGUUGAUGCGAGCCGAGAGAACGGCGACAAGCUCGACUUUGCGAAGGGCAAGGGCGGCGAUCCAGACGCGCGCGCCGUGGCAUUCGUCAUGGACACUAACUCGCACCCCUUCUACCUGGGCGAGCUGUACCAUCAGUUUCACGAUGGGUUCGCCUGGGGCGAGGACUACCCCGGCGAGUACAACGGCAUCACGAAGAAGCUGGUCAAGUCCAACAUGCUCGCAGACGCGGGCUGCCCGAAUGGAAUGCUCGGCGUCGGAAUCGCCGGACUAUGA